UGUCGUUUUGGCGCGAAGGAUUCCAUUCCAUCUCAGAUUAUCAACUCUCGAGCCAGUGUUCUUCCCAUGGCGAGCCUAGGGUUUCGUCCUCCCCAGUUCUCCGAGGAUGUGGCUUGGCUUCCUGCUUGGCUUCAGCAACAUCAAGCAGAAUCAUUUCAUGAGCAUAUUAGUGGACCUCAAGCCCCUUCUGAGCAAGCAUUCCAGGAUUUUGCAGGUAUUCAAGGAAACAUCAGUAAAAAUGCAAGUAUGUUGUCCAGCGAGGAAGGUAGAUAUAACAGCUGCCAUUUAUUUUUAUCUGGAGAUGAUAGUUCACCACUUAGCUUUGCUUCAUUUCCGAGAAAUGUGCUGCAUUUUCAUCUACAUCUUUCAUCGGAUGAUAGUUCACAGAACAUUUCAAGUCCUUUGUCUGAACAAAUUCAAGUAGACAGGCCUGAAUCAAAUAAAUUUUGUCCUAUGCAGCAUGUUGAAGCUUCAGCUGGUGAAGGAAAGAAGGUCAAUGAAUCCAAAAAGAACUAUGCUAAAGGUGUAGCGAAUUUGUUACCCUCAGAUUCUAACCCGAAAGCACUAGAAUAUGGUAGCCCUCAACAUCUCACACAUAACAAAGAUAGUGGGAGGCAGUGUGACGAAAAGUUUGAUGACAAGCAUCUACAAAUAGAUGAUAUUAGUGCUGCAAUUGAACUCUCUAUUGCGGCAUCUGAAGCACUGGCUGUCCAUGAGUUAGUAAAGAGAGAACCCCAUUCAGAUGCUUUUCCGGCUGCCGCUGUACUUGAGGUUGCCCUUCGAGUCAAGCAAGCAAGAUCGGAGGGGCCGGAGAGUGCUUCACUUUGCCUAGCUGAAGAAGUUGAUGAGUUUGAUUCUCUUUCAGAUUUGGAUGAAUAUGCCAUGGCAGAUGCAUUUGAAGAUGUAGGGUUAUCUCUCAUUGGUCUUGAUGAUCUGUAUUUUUCUAGCUCUGUUAUAUCCCAGGUCGAAGAUGCUCCCAUCUCAGGAAAUCCUUCUGGAUGUGAUGAUAAAGUUAAAAACAUAGGGCUUGGGCUUCAUGGAACUGAUCCUUAUGGUACUAUUAUGAAGGAAAAAGCGAAAGAUGCUUUGGACAUGGAUUUACCAUCAAAAAAUGAUUUGCCAUUGGAAUCUCAUGGUGGUAAGGGGCGAGAGAAUCUCUGUGAUUAUCAAUCUUUGCAGUUAGGCACGUCAUUCCAUAUUAAUGGUGCACAACAAGAGUUGAUCCAGGAAGGCUCAGAUGUAGCUGUGACUGUGAGGCAGGGAGAUGCCUUAGUUGUGGGUGAUGUAACAUCAUUUCAAACUCAUCAAAAUUUAAACUCUCAUCCUCAGGCUAGGGAUUCUGAAAAUUCAGGACAAGAAGACAAAAUGAAUAAUUUAGUCCCCAGCAGAUUUAGAAGCCGCUGGCUUGGUGGUUGGUCACGAAAGGAAGUAGAUGGUACUGCAACUAUACAGCAGAGUAACACCAAAAGCAUCGCGCAGAUUUUUGUUGCGGAAACUAGUUUUCUCUCUGAAACCGCAGAUAUUGCCCCAGAUGUCAAUUCUUUUGUACGUGAUCAGGAAAUAGGGUUAAGGAUAGCUUCACAGUCUAGUGUACCCUUUGGCAGUUUAUAUAAUAAGGCCAGUGAGGGAGACUUGCUUUCUCAAGAUGUUAUGAGGUCACCUAGUUUAUCCUUGUCCGAUCCUCUUUGUUCCAUUGUUCCAUGCAGCAUUAAUUCAGAAAAUGUUGGUGUAACUCAAGCCCCGAAUCAGAGUGAUAGAGAGAUUGAUGUUGAAAAGCACUUAUGCAUGACAUCAGAAUUUAGGAAAGAGAAUCUGAAUGUUGAAUUUGUUGAUGGGAAUGGGCAAGCUGUGCCUGCGACCAAUGUUGAAAGUUCUGGGGCCACAGUUUUCAGGCAGAUCACCUCACUUAAAGCUUAUAGCAUGCUACUGCCUUUCCAUGGUGCAGUUUUGGAAAAAGGAAGCAGUCAUUAUAAUCAGUCACUUUCAUCAGAAUGCAAUCUAGGAUUGCUUUCUUCUGAAAAAAAUAAGGGCUGCAGUGUAUCAUUAAGUAAAAGGUUUUCCACAGAUUUCUUAUCUUCCAAAUCCAUAUCUAACGGCACUGCUGCUACAGAUUAUGUGCCAAACCAUGAAACUCAUUUUAUUGGCAGUGCAUUCACCAAGUUUGAAAAUCAGAAAACAAAAUAUGAUGAAAAUGCAGAAGAUGGGGCUGGAUUUCAUAUUAGUGAUGUGAAUGCAAAGGAUGGGACUGAGUUGCAGGUUCAUCCACAUGAGGAGAGGAACUUGCCUAUUAUUUUAAAUCAUAGAGUUUGUCGGCGUGUACGUGCUUCAAAAAUUUCUAUAGGUAAUUUCUCUGUAGAAAAAGAUGCUGUGCGGGCUGCCACUUCUGGAACUGAAGUAAAUCAACAGAACAAAAGUCUUCAAACACGACAAGGCAAAUGUUGUGAUCCCCAUGAUAUUCAGGUUCCAAUGAGAAAGCGAGUUCGUUUUUCAGAAGUUGAAGCUCAAAAUCAGCAGCAUAAGAACCUCCGAAAACAACAAUCUGCACACAAAAUUUGCUCAAGCAACAAAGCUGGGAAGAGGUUGAAACAUUCCAACAAACUAUCAGACUCCAGAACUCUGGGAGUAAAAAUGCGCCUGAGGAAUUAUUGUGUUAAAGAUGGAAAGAGAUUGCUAUUUCAGGGGAUUGAAUUCUUGCUUACAGGGUUUUCUACUAAGAAGGAAAAGGAAAUUGAGGAAUUGAUUAGGAAGUAUGGUGGGACAGUUCUCUCUGAUAUCCCUUCUCCUCCAAAUCCAAGGGGAAAGAGAAAAUCAAGAUCUAGUUGGCAGCGACAUCCCAUUGUUUUAUGCAUAAAAAAGCUAGAAACUAUGAAGUUCUUGUAUGGGUGCGCUGUGGAUGCAUUCAUUCUUAAGCCUAAUUGGCUAACUGAAUCAAUUGCAACUGGUUCUAUCUUACCACCUGAGAAAUUCAUGAUUUUAUCAAAUAAAGCUGAUGGAAAAUAUGCCAGAAUUGGGAAGCCUUUCCGUCAGAUCAACCAUAAAUAUAUUUUUGAGAGAGUAGGAAUCAUGCUUCAUGGGAAGCACAGUUUUUGCAUCAAAUUAGCAGAAGUUUUCAAGCAUGGAGGUGGUACAGUGUUCAAAACACUCAAGUGGCUUGUCAGCAGUCUUGAUGCAGAUAAGAUUUCAGUGGGUGCUAUUGUUGCAGAGGACGAGAGUAGGGCAUCCCGCCACCUGAGACACUGUGCUUUGGAAAGGAAAAUACCAAUGAUGCCAGUCAGCUGGAUCAUAAGCAGCUUACAUUUAGGAGAGCUACUUCCUUUCCCGGAGAAAAAUCUUUCCCAUCUGUCAACUGCAGUGAAGCCUGGGAAGGUUCCGGCAUUUCCUGUUCCCACGGAAUUCAGUGAAGAAAUAUGAAUUUUGCUUUGUUUAUAGCCACUUGCAAGGGUAAUGGAAUCAUGAUGGAAUACGUUAAGACAAAUUUCAGUGUUCCUUUCUCCAGGUAUGUUUGCUUGACUAGCAAAAGAGAAGCGUAUAAUGCUUUAUAGUCAAUUCACUGACACUUUAAUUGGAAGCUUGUUUGGUUAUGUUUCUAUCUUGAAGUAGAAAUCACAUCCAAGCAUUGGAUUGGAUGUUGAAGUUAAAAUACAGCGGAUGUUUGUAUAUCAUGAGACCAAAACCUCGUCAACUUUCAAAAAAAUUGUUGUAUCUAAGAUUACAGCUUGAUGCUAAGACCAAAAGCCCAUCAACUUCUGCAAAUGGAAAGAUUCCUAAACAUCCUUUUUGUGUUGGGGGGGGGGGGGGGGGGCGUGGGUGACGCUCAUGCAAUAACCUUAGUGGGCAGCUCAAUACUAAAACUAUUUUUGGAGUUAAUUUAAAAAAUGGUCACUGAGAGAGAGAGAGAUUUGGACGUUGAUGCACGCACACACACACACGCCAAUUCAAGAGGGCAAUGCCCCCUCAAUAUUCUUGUGCACAACUACAGAGUGAAUUGAUUGGGUUUGAGUCCAUGGCAGAGCAUCUGGGGAACACUCUUCUUCAUCAAUAAUCUUGUGCAUAAGUACAGAGAGAGAGUGAAUUGAUUGGGUUUGAGUCCAUGGCAGAGCAUCGUCUGGCCUACCAUUCUGUGAAUAAUAAAUGAUGAAAGCAGUCCAGGUGACCAUGCCUUUUGAAGGAAUAUGAUGAAGCAGAUCGUGAGUGUCAUCUAAACAGCCACACUUAGCAUACAUAUUGAGAACACUGUUCUGCAUAAUUAUGUAGUCACUGAAGAAGGCAGAAUUGAGCAGGUGGGCGUGAAUAAUUUGUCCUUCUUUCAGUUUACCCAACAGGGUGCACUUCUUCAGCAAUUUAUUUUAUAAGGUUUGAUCAGGUUGAGCAGAGUCUCAGACAACCAGAUUGAGAACAUAAAACCCAGUUCAGCUGUCUUGCUUUUGUAUGAUGCAACAUGGGUCCCAUUCUAUUGCUUCUUCUUCUUUUUCUUCUUCCUCUUCAUAGUCUGCAAAGGAAGUUGCUGCAGCUGCUGGGGUAACAGAUGGGGAAAAUGUUGAAUUAUUGGGUCUGGUUGUGCAAUUUCCACCUUUAAAAUACAGCUUAGUAUCUUAUGAUGCCCACCAACCAUGGAAUAGGGUGAGUUCAUGAAGUUGUAUCUGAUUGCAACAGGGUCUGCUAGGCGACUCUCUGCUGGUUAUGGCGGUCCGCAUGGUACUUGCAGAGGGAGAGAGAGAGCGAGGGAGGUGGAUCAUGAUUAGUGGACUUUAUGAAGGCUGAAUGAGAUGAAAUUGACCAAUUCAUGAAUUUAAGUGAACAACUUGCAGGAAUCAACAGUGAUCCAAUUGGAUUCAAGUGACAAAUUCAGUAACCAUCUUUCAUAUUUAACCCAAUGUUUUUGUUUGUUUUAUUUCUCUGGGAAUAUAAGGUUACAUGUUCAACAUGAGUAUGCCAAUGUUAUUUCAAUAAGAUUACAAGGCUAUCCCUGUACUUGUAAUGGUAAUAAUAUCACAUGUGUCUUAUAAUGUGCAUUUGCAUAUAUAAUAAGAAAAAUAAUAAUGAUUGUUAUCAUUUUAAUAA